AUGGACACAGAUACGAUUGCAUAUUUUGAUAGUAAACUUGAUAAAGUUACCUCACAGUUGAACAUUGACAAUGAUAAAAUUGUUGAUUUACAACAAGAAAUCGUUUUAUUGAAACAAUACAUUGAUUAUCAAAAUUCAAAAAUCGAAAAGGUAACCUCUUUAAUUGGUAAUUUAUUGGAGAAAAAGUCACAAGAUGAGGCUGUUUUAAACACAAUACAAGCACUUCAAGAAGAUGUCGAUGUUGGAGAUCUUCAAAGACAAGUGGAUCAAUUAACAUCUCAUCAUUCACUUGGACAAUCACAACAACAACAACAACAACACCAAUUACUCAACUCCCAGCAUCGCCAGCAACCUCGUCAACCAAAUGAGCAACAAUCACUUCAACAUCACCAACAGCCACAUCAACAACAUCAACAACAACAUUUACACCAACACCAAAACCAGCAUCAGCAGCAACAUUCACAAAGACCUUCUCACAUGCUGCAGGACAUUUCCACUCAAUUAGAGAGUAAUAUGGAUCCAGCUUUACACCAGGUGGCUGUUGCAACUGCUGCUGUUCAACAAGCACAGGCUCAUUCACAAUCAAAUGAACCACUUGGUAUGGCAUCUCUGUCCCAGCAAAGAGUGAGUAAACCAACCAAGAAACAAUCCAGAAAAAAGUCUGAUAUUACAGGACUGAAAGGUGAGACCGCAGGAGCGAAAUCUUCGCCUGUUCGAAAAGUGCAUAUCACGUUUAUGCAUAAUCCUACAAAUGUAAGAGAAAUAUAUGAUGAGUUUUUCAAAGGCUAUAAAGGACAAGAGCCAUUAUGCGAAUUGGACGAAAAGUAUGGAAAAAGCGAGUGGAGAGGCGAUUCAAGGUCCAAAGAAUCAAAAAGAUUUCAAAGAAGAAAGAAGUUGUGUGAUGCCAUUCAAAGAGGUAUGGUAAAAUACGGUAAAAAUGCCGAUGAAAUUAUUGAAUACCUUGAAAGUUUCCGCAAAGACAAGUCAUUGACAUGGUUGAUGAAUGGUCAUUUACCUGAGGAUCUACAAUCUUAA